AAAAUGGCGAACUAAAUAAGGAGAGGCAGUGGCUCAGUGGUAGCGGGCCCGGCUCCCACCCAGCGAGCCCGGGUUCGAUUCCCGACGCCGACACCAAUGGAUUUUUCUAAGUGUCCCAAAGCUGUACUCUCUGUGGUUCGGAACCCACGUAAAAAAAGUAGGUCCAGAGUGUGUGUAGUGGAAAAAACAAAAACAGUGGGAAAGAAAAACGAAUAGUGGAGAUAUAUAAAAUAGAGGAAAUACAGAAAAACACACCAUGUAAAAACCCGAAAAGGGUAUGCAUGUAAAACUCCACCACUACUACCACUACUACUGGCGAACUAAAUAAAUGGAAACCGAGGCAGUCCAGAGAACGUGAAUAUAUACAAAACCUCAAGCCGUUGAACAGUUUUAUUUGUUUUUUACGUUUCCGUUUUCCCUUUGGUUCUACGAUGCUCUGAAGUGCACUUGAAAAUUGAAACAUGAAGCCGGAUUUAGUGUAAGUCAUUUUUAUUGCACGAGCACCUGGCAACGAAAGGCGAGUGACGUUGAAUCACGAAUUUUAUACAAACGCAGUCUACAGGGAAUUUGGAUUAAACUGACCGAAGACUUGCACGAGUCACGAAUCCGAGAGUUCUACAUCGUUUGCUACGAACGCGUUGACGCUCAGGAAUUAAGGAAGUAAUCGCUACGGUCAAGAAAUGGCCAAUCUAAAAACAGCUCUCGGAGCCCACGAGCUCACGGACAAGAAAGCGAAUCUGUACAGAGCUCUGAUCGCCGAGUUCCUCGGUACGCUGCUCCUGAAUUUCGUCGGAUGUGGUACCGUUGUCACCGGUAGCGUCGUUGCCAUUAGUUUUGCGUUUGGUCUCACCGUCGCUGCAGCGGUCCAGGGCAUCGGUCACGUGUCAGGUGGUCACAUCAAUCCUGCUGUCACGAUUGGGUUAGCCGUGAUCGGCAAGAUACCAAUGAUCCGUGCAAUCCUCUACAUCCUGGCGCAAAGUGCGGGAGCUAUUGCUGGAUCAGCAGUUCUGCGAGCUCUGUCGCCAGAACAAAUGGAAAACGCGUUAGGAGUCGUUGCUCUCGCUCCGGGUGUGACUCCAGUUCAGGGCUUGGGAUUUGAAUUUUUUUUGGCUCUUAUUCUCGUUAUGGUCGUUUGUGGCGCUUGUGACGACGCGAAGCCAGACAGCAAAGGCGUUGCGCCUCUUAUCAUUGGAUUGGCCGUGACGAUCGGUCAUCUCGCGGGCGUUCCACGCACUGGAGCUGGAAUGAAUCCGGCACGUUCGUUGGGAAGCUCAGUCGUGAUGGGAGCGUUUGAAAAUCAUUGGCUCUACUGGGUCGGACCGAUACUCGGUGGAAUGGCUGGGGCUCUCCUCUACACACACGCGACUGGACCUGCGAAAGAGAUCGAACUGCCAAAAUCUUACAAUCCUGUUGCAACUGAAGAAAAAGAGCUUCAACGACUCGCCGGUAGAAAGAGCGGGCAUCCGGCGUGAUGCUUCUAACAAUUGCAGUGUAACGCGAAACUGUUCGAAAAACAAUUGGAAAUAUCAGCAUAAAGCUUUACGAAAAAAAAUGUCAAAUGUCAAUGUCAAUCGCUGCUGAAAUUUACGUCGCCCCAUCGUUGAAUCAACGUACAAAAGUGCAGGAAUAAAUAUCAUAAUUUUGCUAGAACUGAAAUUCAAGUUUUUCGGAUCAUAUCGAUUGAAAUCGAUCUCGAAUAUUUGUCACUUUUUCUCUUUAUUACGACAAUAUUAGCUAAACAAUAGCGCCAGAAAUCGAAUUCACUUAUUGCCAAAGUUUGUAUGUGUGAGUAUGUGUAAAAUCUCUAUUCGUAAUUUCACGACGAGGAAUGGAUUAAUUUUCUUCCAGAUUUUGUGUGUUUGUGAAAAAAUCUUUGUUGUUGAAAAAUUCGAACCGACUCAAGUAUGCGCCAAUAGCACUUUCGUCAGAACCAAGUUUUACUUUAACGUCACACUGCCAAAUGUUCGUGCACUAAAAAAUUGUUCUGUGCCCAUGAGGUUUCUGUAAUCGUGCAUAUUCGUCACAAAUUUACUGAUGUCAAAUUUAAUCAAUGAAUUUUCACCCAAAAAACUCUGUAACGCGAUACGUUCUCUCGCCCAAGUCAAGUCGAGAGCUAAAAGCAAUAAUUUUCAAUCUCAUCUUAUUCGCACACGCCAAACACUGAGAUUAUUCGAAAAAUUAUACGUUUAAUUAUCCAUAAUUUAAUUGAAUAAAUUAUUUAUAUAAUUAAUGUCUCAUGUAUGCUUCGUAAUAACUCUUAAGCCAUGUAAAAUCGUGAUGUGUCGUAUAAAAAAUUGAUAAAUUUGUACUCUGUUAAGUGUUUCAAUAAACGUCUUUUUAUUCGUAAUCGUAAAAA